GAUCAUCAGAAGGGAUGUGCUGGUGGCCAGGAGGCCCUCGGCUCCCACUGUGAGCUCCUCUGCCCCUGUUCUCCGUGGCUUCCCCACUGUGGGGUCCUGUGUGGGGACCCUGUGUGGCAGCCACAGGGUCACAAGGGCUACUGCUCAGCAGCCAGGUCUUCUGAGACCUUUAUUUGGAAUAAAGGGAACCCAGGGAAUGUCCGCCCUGUUGUUUUUCUCUCCAGGGGACAAGAGAGGACAAGAAAGAGUUUGCCGCCCUCGGCCACGAUGCAUCUCUGAGACGCUGUGUCCCCGGCCUGCCAGAGAGUGUGGGCCCCCAGGAUCAUCUGGAUCUACCGCGUCCAAGUAGCGUGAUCCUGGACUGGUUAUGUACCCGCUCUUUGCCUCUGUAUCCUGACCUGUGAAAUGGGAACCAUGGGAUAUGUACCUCAUGGGCGACUUUGAACAGCUUCCCGACAACAUCGCCAUCUCGGCCAACAUCGCCGACAUCGAGGAGAAGAGGGGCUUCACCAGCUAUUUUGUUUUCGUCAUCGAGGUGAAGACCAAAGGGGGAUCCAAGUACCUCAUCUACCGCCGCUACCGCCAGUUCCACGCCUUGCAGAGCAAGCUGGAGGAGCGGUUUGGGCCGGAGAACAAGAGCAACCCCUUCACCUGCAGCCUGCCCACGCUCCCAGCCAAAGUCUAUGUGGGUGUGAAACAGGAGAUCGCGGAGAUGCGGAUACCUGCCCUCAAUGCCUACAUGAAGAGCCUCCUCAGCCUGCCCAUCUGGGUGCUGAUGGACGAGGACGUCCGGAUCUUCUUCUACCAGUCACCCUAUGACUCAGAGCAGGUGCCCCAGGCGCUGCGCCGGCUCCGGCCGCGCACCCGGAAGGUCAAGAACGAGUCCCCCCAAGAUGCCAUCUUUGACCGCAUGGCAGCUCCACGAGCAGAGGCCUUGUUUGACUUCACUGGCAACAGCAAACUGGAGCUGAAUUUCAAAGCUGGAGAUGUGAUCAUCCUUCUCAGUCGGAUCAAUAAAGACUGGCUGGAGGGCACUGUCCGGGGAGCCACGGGCAUCUUCCCACAGUCGUUCGUGAAGAUCCUCAAGGACUUCCCGGAGGAGGAAGACCCCACCAACUGGCUGCGCUGCUACUACUACGAAGACACCAUCAGCACCACCAAGGACAUCGCGGUGGAGGAAGAGCUCAGCAGCACCCCUCUGUUCAAGGACCUGAUGCAGCUCAUGAGGCGGGAGUUCCAGAGGGAAGACAUCGCCCUGAAUUACCGGGAUGCUCAGGGGGAUCUGGUGCGGCUGCUGUCAGACGAGGACGUGGCGCUCAUGGUGAAGCAGGCCCAAGGUCUCCCCUCCCAGAAGCACCUCUUCCCUUGGAAGCUGCACAUCACCCAGAAGGAUGACUACAGAGUCUACAACACUGUCCCCUGAGCCUAUGGUGUCCCUGGAGCAGGGAGGGCCACUUGGUAAGAAGCCCUCAGAGGAGAUUAGGACCAGGAAAGCCUGGGAACAUGGAACAGACUUCCUGGUUCGAAUCUAUGGACCCACUUGGCUUGGCUUGCAUUCUGUCUGUCUGUACACUCGGUCUCAGAUUAAAAUAAACCCUUUCAUCUCAAAGG